UAACACCCACUAUGAGUCACACCAGAGUACCCAGAACAGCUUUCAGAGGCGUGAAAAGUUUAACUUACAGACUGAACAGAUCCCUGUCUCGCGUUUAUAUCUGUCCGCUUGCGGCUCUUUGUCGGAGCAUGACGAACUCGUCACAGAUGGACCUUGAAGAUUUAUUUGAAUUCUUCAACCACUCGGGUUACGGUGAGGAAUAUGACAUUAAAAAUGAUUUUGUGCUGUUAUGCGAGAAAAAAGAUGUGAACCGUUUCGGUGCGAAGCUCCUGCCAGCCUUCUAUUACACCAUCUUCAUGCUGAGCUUGCUGGGAAAUGGACUGGUCUUGUAUAUCAUUCACAAAUAUGAGAAACUGAAGACGGUCACCAACAUCUUUCUGCUGAACCUGGUCAUCUCCGAUCUGGUCUUUUCCUUGAGUCUCCCUUUUUGGGCCGUGUAUCACUCGUCGGAAUGGAUCUUCGGCGGACUGCUUUGCAAACUGGUGGGCGGCCUUUACUUUGUGGGAUUCUACAGCUCCAUCCUCUUCCUGACGCUCAUGACUUUGGACAGGUACCUGGUGGUGGUGCACGCCCUCACCUCCGCCAAGAGCCGGAGGAACACGUACGCCGUCGCGGCCUCUCUGGUGGUCUGGUGCGUCAGCAUUCUAGCCACAGUCAAGGAGUUUGUUCUGUACAACGUGCAGAAGAAUGAGCAGAGCGGCAUGCUUUGUGAGGAGACCGGCUUUUCCAAACACAUCCUCAAUACGUGGCAGCUUGUAAGUUACUAUCAGCAGUUCGUGCUGUUUUUCCUGUUCCCACUGGCUGUCGUUCUCUACUGUUACACUCGAAUAACCAUCAGGAUUAUUCACACACGAAUGAGGGAGAAAUGCAGAGCUGUGAAGCUGAUAUUUGUGAUUAUCGUGGCAUUUUUCAUAUGCUGGACUCCUUACAACGUUGUUAUUAUGCUGAGAGCUGAGCACAUCUCCAGAGAGUCUGAUUCCUGCGCCUCCGAGCUUGACUACGCUUUGUAUAUCACCCGCAAUAUCGCCUACCUGUACUGCUGCGUAAACCCUGUCUUCUACACCUUCGUGGGGAAAAAGUUCCGGAAUCAUUUCCGAAGGCUGCUCGCGAAGCGCAUUCCCUGUUUAAAGGAAUAUGUGUUGACAAGUCAGAGUAGUAAGACAACAUCGUACAGGAGCCCAACAACCAUGCACGAAUACUAACAGACGUGAAAGGACACCGUAAUGCCGAAUGGUGUAAACUGAUUUUUUUUUGCCUGUAAGAUGAGUUGUGUGAUAUGUAGCAAUUUUUUUUUUAAAUCUCGACAUAUGUGUAAUCUCAGGAUAAUCUUUUUUUUUUCAUGAAAACUGUAAUUCCAGUUUUGUGGCGGGGGUUAAUUUUAUAAUAAUUUCACGCAGAUAAUUAUAAAGACAACGACAAACUGAUUUAAAAAUGCUUAUUUUAUGCUUUGAUAUGAAACCUCCCAGAAAACAGACUAUGGUAAGAAGUUCGAUCACGGGAGAUGUCGUGCUCACUGUUAAUGGGAUCAAAGGUAUGGUCAAUUCUCACCAGUGGGAGUUACAUACUGGGAGGGGGGCUAAACCAGUUUACAAUCUGCAUAAUAAUCUGCGCAGACAUGGGUCUCACGCUGAAGCUUGUGUACCUACCUGUAAGAGCAGCUUUCAUUUUCUGCUUCUUCCAUGACGGCUUAUUGAGCGUUUGCUAGUGGGAGGCUUGGCCCCCAGCCCCCUAGCCCCACAGACCCCC